CAAUUACAGAUCCAAUUAGAAUAAUACCAGAUACACUAGAAACAAUUCCAAUAAUUAAUGUAGGUGUACUCGGACUUUCAUCAUUAGUUGGAACUGGAGUUGAAACUGGAGUUGGUCCACGUUUGUUUAUGAACCUUGGGUUAAAAGUUAUAGAAAGUCUUUUUUUCCACUGCAAAACUCCAUUUCUUGAUUUGAACAGGGAUUUAAAUCUUUCAUUUUCUUAUAUUUCUUUCGAUUUGCGCAAGCGUCAAAUAAGA